UACGAUUCCGAUUUUCAUCGCCUGAUCACCGAUCAUUUCCCAAACUAUCCUAUAUCUUCCCAAAUUCUUCGCAGUUACAGUUCCAAUCUGAUUCCAAUUCCUCCGUCGUUAUUUCAUUUUGAUUCUCCGGAAGAGCUUGAAGAACUCAGAGUUUAUUGCAUUAAACAGAUCGACUCUGUUCUUGCCAGGACAAAAUGGGCAUCCAGGACGUAAUAAAGACGGACGUACUUCGUUUCGUCCCAGCCAAAUCCCUGUGCAGAUUCAAAUCCGUCUCGAAAGACUGGAACCAAUGGAUCUCUUCUCCCUUCCUCGCCCACCAGCAAGCCAUUCACUUCACCAAAACCUCCGGCUUCUUCUCCCAAUCCAACAGCCAAGACUGCUUCUUCAUCCCUCUCGACCCCCACUCCCAUGGCGUCCCAUUCCCUUCCCUUUCCUUCCUCCCUGAAUCCACUUCCAUCCGAACCACUUCCAACGGCCUCCUCUGCUGCCAAAGCACUUUCCAGGACAGCAUCUAUUUCAUAUGCAACCCCGCUACUAUGGAAUGGAGACAGCUCCCCGAGCCCUCUCUGCUUCAUGGCCAUGUCUCUGCCAUUGCCCUUGCUUUCACUCUCUCCACUUUCAACUUUGAAUCCCAGUUCCAGAUUGUCUGUGCUGUCCCCUUUCAUUCCGUCAAAGCUGUUUACUUUGAGAUCUACUCUUCUAGGACCAACACUUGGAAAAUUUCUGACUCCCAAUACUUCUAUGCUGGCGAUGGUGAUUUGAUGUUCAAAGGGGACGGAUUUUGUAUUGGUGAAACCGUGUAUUGGGAGACGUCAAACGGCGUCAUACUGGGGUUUGAUUUGAAAUAUGAAGUAUAUGGGGAGAUUCAGCUCCCUCUCCCUCCCGGCCAUGGAGCUAUAACGGAGAUCCGUGGAGAGAUGUGCUAUGCUAUGGUAAUAACUUGUAACAGUGAGAAUGAUGAAGCGGGUGCUUAUUCGCUUGGCAUUUAUGGUGGUCAUGACAUGGUGUUGAAGCAUCGAUUUCCUCUCGAUGUUGGGAGUUAUUUGGGAGAGGAUUUUGAUGGAGAGGUUAGAGUAUUAUCGUGUGUAAGUGAUGGCAUGGCGAUGAUUCUUGUGGGGAGCAAUGUGAUUCUGUAUGAUGUGGAAAAAAGGAAAGGGGAGAUUGUGAAAAAAUUAGUCGAUCUGCCAGAUCGUGCCAGUGCGGGGCGGUUUCUGCCGUACGUGAAUAGCCUUGUGAGGGUGUGUCCGGUGGAGAGGAUGCCGCGGGAGGAUCAUGAUUUACAAGAAGUUUUGAGAAACACGAGCGAGUUGGUUGGGUUUGGUGAAGUUUCUUUAUGUGGAAAUAAGUGGAUAGGACCGACUAUAUAGUGGCCGUCGACGGGUUGAAACAAAAGACUUGUCUUUAAUUGGUCAUGUUUGUUGUCCUUUGCCCAAAA